AUGGAUGAUUACAUGGAUAAUAAAGAUAUUACUUCUUUUAGUGCAAUUUCACAAUUAACUGAAUUGCAAGAACUAUGGAUUGUUGAAUGUGGUAUUAAGGAGGUACCAUCUUUUAAAGAAAAUUGUUUAUUAAAAAAACUUUAUCUGUAUUCCAAUGAAAUAUCUUAUAUACCAAAUUUAGAAACUUGUUCUCAUUUGAAUAUUUUACAUCUAUCAGGAAACAAUAUACAAAAACUUGAGAAUUUAGAUACAUUAACAUGGUUACAAGAGCUUAAUUUAGCUAAUAAUAAAUUGGAAAGAAUAAAUAAAAUAUCUUGGAAAAAAUCUGAAUUAUGUAGUUUAAAUCUAUCAGGAAAUCCUUUAUGCAUUAUAAAGGUAUAUAAAAUAUUUAAAUAAAUAAUAUUUGUAUUUAUAUUAAUAAUAUAUAUAAUUAAUAAUAUUUAUAUAUUAUAAUAUAUCUUUUCAACUACUAAGGACAUAAAAUAUUUGGCACAAUUGCAAAAAUUAGAUUCAUUAGUAUUUGCAGAUCCAUUAUAUGGAAAUUGUCCUUUGGUAACUUCUUGCAAUUAUCGUAUAUAUCUUAUUCAUUAUCUACCACAUAUUAAAAAAUUAGAUUAUUACAAAAUAUGUGAAAAAGAAAGACGUUGGAUCAAUCAUUUUUUCAA